AUGGCAACUUCAGUUACCAUUGUCAUAGCCUAUAUGGCCAUGUCUGUCUAUGCGCAACAAGGGGCUGAGCAACAAGAGGCCGCUCGAAUGGCCUACUAUGGGACCAUGCAAAUGGAUUAUGCCCAUUAUAUGUUGAUUGCAAUGGCAUCAAUUGUCACUCUCUUCUUUAUCUGGAAGACGGCCCUUAGAUUCACGUUCCACCUUCGACAUUUAUAUGCGCAAGCCAACGAGAAUCAGCGCUAUUUCGCUCGCAAUGACUACCAUAUGGCCUUGCUAAAACGGUACCUCGUGGAUGCUCCGCUAUUUCGUACUCGCCACAACCGAGAGUUUCAGUUGUUCCAUGCCGUGAACCUUGGGUCCUUGCCCAAUCGAUUUCAAGCGAUAUGUCUGGCAGGACUCAUUGCCAUGAAUGUUUCUUUAUGUGUUUUGAAUAUUCCCUUCAGCGACAGGAAAUCCUAUCCUGAAUUACUGAGGAAUCGCACAGGGACUCUCGCUGUUACUAACCUGAUUCCUAUGGUAAUCUUGGUUGGACGCAAUAACCCGCUCAUUCCUCUCCUCGGCCUGUCUUUCGAUACUUGGAAUUUCUUCCAUCGUUGGAUUGCCCGUAUUGCGGCUCUCGAGGGCAUCGCCCAUAUGUUGACUUUCGUUGUUGCUGAAGUUAAACAAUCCGGAUGGGCCGCUCUGGCUAAAGCGAUUCAGGGACAUCGACAGAUAACGACUGGUUUGAUAAUUAUUGUAGGCUUUGUCUCCCUGGUGCUCACUGGUGCUUCUCCUCUGCGACAUGCCUUUUACGAAACAUUUCUCCAUGUUCACAUCUUGCUGGUGCUGAUGACUUUCGUCACUCUUUGGUACCAUCUACAAGACAUGCCACAGCAAAAAUAUCUUCUAGCGACAUUGGUGUUGUGGGUUGCCGAGCUAGCUGUUCGUUUAAUUAUCAACGUUUACCGUAACCUCAUUGGCGGCAAAACAACGGCGAAGGUUGAAGCGCUUCCCGGAGAUGCUUCGAGGAUCACGCUGAAGCUCGCCCGACCAUGGACGGUUCGUCCGGGUCAGCACGUUUACAUAUGUAUUCCAUCCAUCGGACUAUGGACCUUCCAUCCAUUCAGUGUAGCAUGGAGUGAGAAACAGCAAGCAUUGACUGACGAGAAGGGAUUGGUUAUGACGCAGCAAGAUGUAGUGUCCACGCAAACAGAAACCAUAUCACUUCUCGUUCGUCGAAGAACGGGAUUCACUGACCGCCUAUACAAACAUGCGUCAAAGGGUAUCGAUGGACAGGCUCAUCUAUCUGCAUUUGUUGAGGGACCAUAUGGAGAAAUCCACAAUCUAGACUCUUACGGGACAGUUGUGCUAUUUGCUGGCGGUGUGGGCAUUACCCAUCAUAUUCCGUUCAUCCGCCACCUGGCCCGAGGAUACGCAGAUGGGGUUGUCGCUGCUCGUCGAGUGACACUAAUAUGGACUAUUAAAUCGCCUGAGCAUCUGGAAUGGGUACGUCCUUGGAUGAACACAAUUCUGCAAAUGGACCGUCGCCGUGAGAUUCUGCGUAUUAUGCUUUUUAUUACUCGUCCUCGAAGCACGAAUGAGAUCCGUAGCCCUAGCUCAACGAUUGAAAUGUUCUCUGGCCGGCCCAACAUCCAGACCGUUCUCGACAAGGAGAUUGAGCAGCAAAUCGGAGCCAUGGGGGUGAUGGUAUGCGGGAGCGGCGCUCUCAGCGAUGAUGUCCGCCACGCAUGUCGCCAGAGACAGGUUAGUAGCAACAUCGACUAUAUUGAGGAAAGUUUUAGCUGGUGA